ACUUAUUAAACGCACUACCCUAAACGCACACGCACACACACUCCUACAUUCAAUCACGACGUGUUAAAAACCCGCUCACACGCGCCCCCUUCUCUCCCACAAACAAACGAUUCGUGUUGCAAUCGGUAAACAACAAUCAACCAAACUGCGUGCUAUUGUCGUUGUCGUCAUCGGCCAGCCAGCCACUCGACACUCAAUCAGUUUUUCCCCACAGAGGCCGUCCGUUGUACAUGGUUGCUGUGUGUUCGUAGAGGCAGGCUAUAAUUGCUGUUGUUGGCGGCGUCUGCGUUGCCGGUUAUGUUGACGUUGAGACGCUAUUGCUGCUCUGUAGAUGUUCUUGCUGCUGAUGUUGCUGUUGCUGUUGUUGGCGUACCAAAAGUCGAUUAUUUGUAAUUAAAUAUAAUUACGUCUAUUAUGAAUUUUUUGGGUUUUGUUUUUGUAAUUAUAGGCUACGUCUGCGUUGCCUUAAUUCAAAAUAACGAAGCAUCACGCAUUCUCGGUGUAUUCCCAUCACCUUCCAAAUCGCAUUUGCUCAUACAUAGUGCCGUUGCCAAGGCAUUGGCGGAUGCUGGUCACGACGUCACCGUGUUGGCCACUACCAGCGAUGAUGCUCAGGCCCACCGUAAUGCCCCCUACACAUUUGUGGGCAUUGAGGGGCCCAUGUUUGACAAUGCGUUUGCCCAGGAAAUGGUUAAUCGUCCUUUGCCCCUUUAUCGUAGGCUGAAUUACAUUUUAGAGCAAAUUUUCACCAUGGCCAAUGAGACCAUGAAUCACGAGAAAAUGUUGCAGUUUUUGCAUAGCCAUAAGGCGGGUGAUUUUGAUGUUGUCAUAUUGGGUUAUUUUAUGAAUGAUUUUAUGCUGGGCAUGGGGGCUCAUUUCCAAUGUCCCAUAAUCUUGUCGUUUAUGGUGCAACCGAUAUUUCCCAUCAAUCGAAUGAUUGGCAACCCUGCUGAGACAUCAUAUGUUCCGAAUCGAUUUACGGGCCUUAAGCAACCGAUGAGAUUUUGGGCGAGAGUUAAAAAUUAUUUGUCAUCGUUAUUUGAACAGCAUAUUCUAGCGGCCAUUGUGGAGUGGAAGGUGCAACGGAUGUAUAGAUAUAAUUUCCCUCCCGAUCGUUAUCCCCCCUUGGAAGAGGUUUACAAAAAUGUUUCGUUGGUCUUGACAAAUCAUCACUUUAGCCAGGGACCCAUAAGACCCAAUGUACCAGCUUUAAUAGAGAUUGGAGGUAUACAAAUUAAAGAGCAGCCGGAUCCUUUGCCUGAAGAUUUGGCCAAAAUUAUGGAUUCAGCCAAGCAUGGCAUUAUCUAUUUUAGUUUGGGCACCAAUGUGCAGGGUUCAAAUUUGUCCAAAGAAAAGGCCAAACUGAUAUUCAAUGUUCUGUCCAGUCUACCCCAAACGGUGCUUAUGAAAUGGGGUGACAAAGAUUUUCCUGGCGAAGCUGCAAACAUCAUCUACAAAUCCUGGUUGCCUCAAGACGAUAUAUUGGCUCAUCCCAAUGUCAAGCUGUUUAUUACCCACGGUGGUCAAGGCAGUGUGGUGGAAUCUCAAUAUCAUGGUGUUCCCAUGGUAGGCAUACCCUUCUUUGGAGAUCAGCAUUCAAAUAUGGCCAAUGUGGAGAAGUCAGGUUUUGGCAUAGGUCUCAAAUAUGCCACUCUCAAUGAAAAUGAAUUGAGAGCUUCAGUGUUGGAAGUACUUAAUAAUCCCAAAUAUAGGGAAAAUGUUCAACGGUUUUCCAAACUUUAUCGUGAUAGACCCAUGAGUCCUCGCCAAUUGGUAAGCUAUUGGGUGGACUAUGUGAUUAGGCAUAAGGGAGCCAAACAUAUGCAAUCGCCUGCUGUUCAUAUGUCCUGGUGGGAAUUGCAUUCCUUGGAUGUCAUAGGUUUCCUAGUGGCUGUGCUAACGGGUGUUGUAUGGCUUUUGGUGUUUCUAGUAAAGUUGCUGUGUUGCAGAGGUCGUAAAGCCUCUGCUUCAAAAGCUGUGAAGAAUCAGAAGAAGAAGAAGGCUUAAACUUAUUUUUAUUUUUACUAUUUUUAAAAGCAGCAGUACUCUAAAACAACUUAAACGAAUUUUUGUAUGUAUUUUAACAAUAAUUUAUAGAUAGGUUAGAUAUUUUACUAAAAAAAAUUUUAUGAAAACUCAAUAAAAGUAAUUGAAGAAUAAAAGAAAAUAAAAAGUUA